UCAUGAGUUUAGUUAUGGUUGUGUCUAGAAGAUAUCGUACAUUACCGAGAACAAAACCUGUACACACCUGUACACACCUGUAAUGGAUUUGGUCUCGUCGCUAUAUGGAUGAAAUAAGGCAGACUCGACGUUUAAGUUUAUCUCGCACAUAUUCAGGACUUGAAGAUAUACCCUGAGCUGUAGUUUCACAUGAAACCACACGUAUGCACGCGGAAGGUGACGUGAAAGGAAAUAUUCAUAAGUUCAUAAGUAAAUACAACGCCUAUAUCAUUGUGGACACACUAGACCAGAGUAGUCGUUGAAGACACCUUCAUCCGAGUUUUGAAGGUACUGUAGGCUUGAACAACGUGAUUUCUACUUUCAACAAAGAAAUGUCGAAUUCAAAUUGUGAGGAAACGGGACAUGUCAGUGGUCCCAACUUCAUCCAGCUUUAUCCCUCCAUCGUCUUCUUCUGUGUGCUGCUGUUGGUUGUGGGGAUCCCAGGGAACGGCCUAAUCCUCUACAUCUACACCAAGAAGAUCAACAUCCCUAUCAUCAGCUUCUUCAUCAAGGUCCUCGCUAUCCUCAACCUUGUCUGCACGUCGUGUCUGCUACCGGCGCUUGUGCUAUUCAAGAGUAACAUAAAAGAGGAACUUUUCUGCAAAUGGUUUGCUGUUGGGCAGCAUGUCUUUCUUAUCAACACUGGCGUGAUUUACGUCACAAUCGCUAUUCAGAGAUACAGGAAAAUGUGUACAGUUAAUCAGUCUCAGAUAAAUGCAUCCACGGCCAAGAAGAUAUUAUUGGGAUGUGUCCUGUUUUCUGUGGCGACGUGUUUCCCGCAUAUGUUUCUGCUUGGAGUAACCAGGGCAAACGUAAAAUUCCGUUGCGUGUCACAAGUUCCCUACUGUGGAUUUGCACAAACCAAUCUCUACACCCAUAUAUACAUUACGUGGAUGUUGCUUGAACUGUGUGUUGUCGUUGUAACACUGGUCGUUCUGUACUCGUUAAUAGGAAAGCACAUAGCAGCCCACAAACGUCAAAUGUCAAGGUACUCUGUGUCAGAGGGUCAAGGUCAUACGAAGCUGUCGAAUCCCACUGGCAUGUUCUUCACACUGACAAUGAUAUUCCUCCUGAGUGUUGCUCCAAGGAUUGGGAUGGCUAUAUAUACACGCCAAACCAUUACCAAUGCUACCUACCCGCAAUCAGUUCAUCAUCUGAGGGAUGUGAUGAACAUGCUGCCCUUCAUCAACUGUGUGUCCAACCCGUUCGUCUAUGUAUUCACAUCAAAGGUGUUCCGGAUGCAUGCUGUUUCUCUGUUUUGUGCUGAAAGAAGGAUGGAGUCUACGUCACCACCGUCGAUAACCAUCCGGACACAAGAAUCUGUUUUGUAGGAUACCGAAGAGAUUUCUAGAAGAGCACAAUAAGUUGCGGACACAUGCCACGUCACACCGAAACUCGACGGCCUAGGAGGGACAUGUUGAGGGGCGAGUUGACUUUGGGGAGGCACAGAUGAAGCAGUACAUGAAGCAGCUUCAAGAGGAGGAGAUCAGCAUCACCUGAAGCAGUUUUAGAAAA